AGAUAAUCUGUUGGCUAAUGUAUGCGAUGAUAUUAAACUCAAAACAGACAGCAAGAAGGUGUGUAAUUGAACAGCAUCUGAACAUCCAAGCAUAUCCAUACUCCGUAUCUCGCAUUUGUCCCCAAAUUCAUCCGCAUCCUAUUGCGAUGAAGUGAAAUGCAGCCCGUAAUACGUAAAAACAUCGAUAACUAAUACAAUGGAACAUUCAAAUAAAACAGCCGAAGCACGACAGUCUAUCAUUUCGCAAAUCCUGACUCCCGAAGCGGCCGAUCGUCUCGGACGUAUCAGACUGGUCAAAGAAUCGCGCGCGACUGAUGUGGAAAACCGAUUAAUCAUGCUGGCAAGGUCGGGUCAGCUUCGUUCAAAGGUCACAGAGGAUCAACUCAAGGAUAUCUUGAACGCGGUGUCGGAGCACAAGGAGGAGGAAAAGAUUGUGAUUACGAGAAGAAAAGGCGGCUGGGACGAUGAUGAUGAUCUUUUGGAUUUAUAGGUCGUUUCUCUCCCCGUGUUCCACGCACACACGCACUUGCACAUACCUUUUCUCUCUCUCUCUCUCUCUCUCUCUCUCUCUCUCUCU